UGUUUUUCAGGCAGCUGUGUCAAUGUUGAAACAAGACUACAAAGAAGGAGAAAUGACUCUGAAGUCAGCGCUCGCUCUGGCUGUCAAGGUGCUAAAUAAGACAAUGGAUGUUAGUAAACUGUCAGCUGAAAAAGUGGAAAUUGCCACACUAACAAGAGAGAGUGGAAAGACGGUGAUCAGAGUCCUCAAGCAAAAGGAAGUGGAACAGUUAAUCAAAAAACAUGAAGAGGAAGAAGCUAAAGCUGAGCGGGAGAAGAAAGAGAAAGAACAGAGAGAAAAGGAUAAAUAGAAUCACGGAUUUUAUAACUUCCAGAGGCACCAAUUCACUUAGGAGCUGUCCUGGCCUUCCAGCCCAGAAGUGUUUUCUUGUAAUUUUUUCCUUACCUUGGUCAUCGGGGAAAUAGGACAUUGCAUACUGAAUUGGGUCCAUGUCUGUCCAGUUGGAUGCUUUAUUGUAAUGAUGGACAUCUUUAUAAACAUCUUAAUCUCAACACAUAAUUUUUGGAAUAAAACUUGGAAAGAUUGGUUAUGGCGAA